AAAUCGAAACUUAACUACUAAUGCGGCCAUCUAUGCUUAAAAGUAAAGGAAAAAAAAAUAUAUUUUUUAAAGUUUCGCGGUUAUAACCCCCAAUUUUUCAAUCUCCCAUUAUCGCGAGAGAAAAAAAAUCAACUUCUUCGUCCUCGUAGCCGCUUGAUCGAUCGAUUUCUGCUCUUCUUCUUCUUCCUCUCUUCACAGCCAGUGAAGGAUUUCAUUACAAUGAACUUACAAUUAAAUCGGUAAUUGAAGAAGUGAGUGAUGGCUCCGUCGAGAAAAAGAAGUGUAAAUAAGCGGUAUUCAAACAUUGAUGAAGUCUCACCUACCAAAAAUGCUGCAGAGAUUGCUAAUAAAAGCAGGCCGCGGAAGAGGAAGUUAUCUAAAAUGUUAGGGCCACAAUGGGGUAAGGAAGAACUAGAGCAGUUCUAUAAGGCGUAUCGGAAACAUGGGAAAGAUUGGGAGAAGGUAGCUGCUGUGGUGCGGAACCGAUCUGUGGGAAUGGUAGAAGCCCUUUACACUAUGAAUAAGGCUUACUUAUCUCUUCCAAAGGGCUUUGCUUCUGGUGCUGGACUAAUUGCAAUGAUGACAGAUCACUACUCUAAUCUGGGAGAGAGUGACAGUGAGCUAGAAAGCAAUGGGGGCACAGGACCCUCUCAAAAGCCUCAGAAGCGGGCUCGGGUAACCAAAGGAUCAGAGGCACCGCCAGUUCUAGAUCUUUUACAGUCCCAGCCAGCUGCAUCAAAUUAUGGCUGCUUAUCAUUGUUAAAGAAAAGACGCUCUGGAAGCAAGCCUUGGGCCGUUGGGAAAAGGACUCCUCGUGUACCUGUUACAUAUUCCCAUGAUAAAGAUAAUGAGAAGUAUGUUUCACCAAUUUGGCAAGGUAUGAAAGUAAAGGCUGAUGCUGUUGAUGAUGAUGUUGCUCAUGAGAUAGCAUUGGCCUUGACUGAGGCUUCACAAAGAGGUGGAUCUCCCCAAGUUUCUCAAACUCCUAAGAGAAAAACAAAGACACCCUCACCUGCUCAGCAUGAUGAACGAAUGCAUGCUGAAUCAGAGAUGAUGAGUGCCAAGCUUUGUGGUAGUGAAAUGGACGAGGCGGGUUGUGAAUUAAGUUUAGGCAGCACAGAUGCUUACGGUGGAGAUUAUGCAAGAGAUAGAAUCUUUUGGAAGGGAAGGAGAUACCAUGGAAGGAGGUCACUAGAAGUCGAAGAAAAUUUAGACAAUCAUUUGGAUGAUGUAAGAGAAGCCUGCAGUGGGACAGAGGAAGGGCAGAAACUGGAAGCUGUUGAAGAAAAAUUUGAAAUGGAGGUUGCGUAUUCAAAACUUGUGAGGUCCUCCAAGGGUUCAAGAAAGAGAAGUAAGAAGGUUCUGUUUGGGGAAGUUGAAGACACCGACUUCGAUGCCUUAGAAGCACUUGCUGAUUUAUCCUUGAGGUUGCCAGAAACAUCUGUUGACACGGGGCUGUCUGCUCUUGUUGAGGAAGAAAAGACCGGGAUCGUUGCCAAGUCUAAGCUGAAAGGGAAUCGUUCUUCUCCUGGUGUAAAACCUAUCUCCUUCAAGAACACUAAACACGGAAAAGUAUUCACUCAUAACGUUACUUCUAUUCCAGAAGCAAAGGAAGCACCCUAUCAGAUCAGUCCUGUGAUGCGGAAAAGAAGACAAAAGCCCUCGCCAUCUAAAAUUUCAGAAAAUGAAAAGCAUGCUGAUUCUCAUCUGGGUGAAUCUCAAAAGGUUGAGGUUACAAAAGAUGAUGAUAACUUUGUGAGUAAAGGAAAAUGCUCGCAGGAUGCCCCAUACUUUAAAGAAGGGAAAUUGAUGAAACCUGCAGAACGUACUUCUUCUAGUAAUAAUCAUGGAAGGGAAUUGAAUGAUUUUGCUCCAACUACCAUCCGGGUUUUAUCUGCCAACCAAUUCAACUUGCCUACUAAAGUGAGGAGUAGCCGUAAGCUAAACACUCCGAAGCUCUUGGUCGAGAAAGAUUACAAGUCUUCAGAGAAUAUUGUAAAUAGCCAAUCUAAUACUGUCAUUCCUUCAUUCCAGGACAGAGUUCCUAGUCUUAAGGGAAAGCUUUCUAAUUGCCUUUCCCGGUAUCUAGUCCGAAGAUGGUGUGUUUUUGAAUGGUUCAAUAGUGCAAUAGAUUAUCCAUGGUUUGCUAAAAGGGAAUUUGUUGAAUACCUGGAGCAUGUUGGAUUGGCUCAUAUCCCAAGACUAACUCGUGUUGAAUGGGGUGUCAUUCGGAGUUCCCUUGGUAAACCACGAAGAUUUUCAGAGCAAUUUUUGAAGGAAGAGAAAGAGAAGCUUUACCAAUAUCGAGAAUCUGUUAGAGAACAUUAUGCAGAACUUCGUGCUGGAACUAGGGAUGGACUACCAACUGAUUUAGCCCGACCUUUAUCAGUUGGUCAACGCAUUCUUGCUCUUCAUCCAAGGACAAGUGAGAUUCAUGAUGGAAGUAUAUUAACUGUUGAUCAUAGUCGCUGCUGUGUUCAGUUUGACCGACCUGAACUAGGGGUUGAAUUUGUCAUGGAUGUCCAUUGCAUGCCUUUGAAUCCAUUGGAAAACAUGCCUGCAUCUAUGAUUGGGCACAAUAUUGCCUUGAAUAGAUACAUUAAGAACUUAAAUGAGCUCAAAAUCAAUGUGCAACCAGCAGAGAAGAUGGAAGAAUUCAAAUUUUCACCAUGUGAGAACCUGGAGGGUGCCAGUGCUCUUCCACAUACUUCCCCAUUGACUUAUCCUUGUAGUGAUUUAUUACAGCAGCCAAAGGGGGGUUUGUUAGGUUCUAACACACAAGUCAAUAUUGGAGGUGAAACUGUUGGUGCCCAGCCUUUUUGUGCACAGAUCCAAGCUAAGGAAGCUGAUAUCCAUGCUCUUUCUGAAUUAACUCGAGCUCUUGACAAAAAGGAGGCUGUCGUGUCUGAGUUGAAGCACAUGAAUGAUGAGGUGCUGGAAAGCCAAAAACAUGGAGAUUACUCUCUCAAGGAUUCGGAAGUUUUUAAAAAGCACUAUGCUGCAGUACUCCUACAGUUAAAUGAGGUCAAUGAGCUGGUUUCUUCUGCUCUCUUUUGCUUGAGGGAACGUAACACAUACCAAGGGAACAUCCCUCAUGUGUUGCUGAAGCCUGGAACCAAUAUAGAUGAGCCAGCAUGCCAUAGCAGCUCCUUCGAUUCUUCUACGGAUGAUACUCAAGAAUCUGGAUCUCAUGUGGUGGAAAUUGUUGAAAGUUCAAGAACGAAAGCCCAGACAAUGGUUGAUGCAGCUAUGCAGGCAAUGUUAUCCUUGAAGAAGGAAGGAAGCAGCAUUGAUAGUAUUGAGGACGCUAUAGAUUUUGUAAAUAAUAAGCUUUCAGCAGAUGAUUUAAGUGUGCCAGCCAUUAGAUCUUCUAUCCCUGCAAUUUCAGCUCAAGGUACUCUGGCUUCUCAGGAUCAAUUAAGUUCCUGUGCAGCAAAUCCAGAGGCAAUUAACGAUGCACCUGAUGCAAAGUUUAACAAUUUGUCCACCCAAAUUGAAGUACAAAUCCCUACAGAGCUUAUUUCACACUGUGUAGCUACUUUACUAAUGAUUCAGAGAUGUACAGAAAGACAAUUUCCACCGAGUGACGUCGCCGUGGUGCUGGAUUCUGCAGUUACAAGUUUGAAGCCAUGUUGUUCAACAAACCUUCCCGUUUAUGCAGAGAUACAGAAAUGCAUGGGCAUUAUUAGGAAUCAGAUAUUAGCACUGAUACCUACGUAGCUCAAAGUCAUUUUUUUUUUUUUUACAAUAUCUGAGUAAAAUCUGUGAUAAUCAGAAGUGUUUUGCCCUCGAUCAUUUCUUAAUCCCUUUUUUCAAUUUCAAACAGAAAUCAAAUACAUGUGCUGAAGAACUCGGUGGUGGUUCUAUGCUCGCUAUAAGCUCAAUAGUCUUGUCGUUCAUUGCAUAAUGUAUUUUUUUUAAUUAACAUGAGUUUUCAGGUCA